AUGGCAAUGGCAACCACACCACACUCACUUCUCCUCCAAAACCCAACUCAACCUCACCACCAACUUCCCAAAACCUCAAUCUUUAAACCCUUUAACGCUUUCUCUAGAUUCACCAUCCCCAACCGCAGAAUCUCCAUCUCAUGCGCCGCCACCUCAACCCAAAUCCAAGAUCGUCCACCACUCCCAGCUCACUCCCAAGAAAGGCUUUUUAACUUCGCCGCCGGUCCAGCCAUCCUACCGGAAAAUGUUCUCUUAAAGGCUCAGUCAGAGCUCUACAACUACCGUGGAUCUGGCAUGAGUGUCAUGGAAAUGAGCCACAGAGGAAAAGAAUUCCUUUCCAUUAUUCAAAAAGCCGAAUCCGAUCUCCGAACCCUACUCGAAAUCCCAGAUGAAUACGCUGUCUUAUUUCUCCAGGGUGGCGCAACCACUCAAUUCGCCGCCAUACCUUUGAAUCUCUGCUCACCAAGUGACCCUGUUGAUUUUCUCGUUACUGGGUCUUGGGGUGAUAAGGCUAUUAAGGAAGCUAAGAAGUACUGUAACCCUAAUUUGAUUUGGUCAGGAAAAUCUGAAAAGUACACAAAGAUCCCAACUUUCGAGGGUUUGGAACAAAACCCAGAUGCCAAGUAUUUGCAUAUAUGCGCCAAUGAGACAAUUCAUGGAGUUGAGUUCAAAAACUACCCAACACCACAAAACUCCACAGGCAUUUUAGUUGCAGACAUGUCUUCAAAUUUCUGUUCAAAGCCAGUUGAUGUGUCUAAGUUUGGUGUGAUCUAUGCUGGAGCACAGAAGAAUGUUGGACCAUCUGGAGUCACCAUUGUAAUCAUAAGGAAAGAUCUUAUUGGUAAUGCACAAGAACAGACACCAGUGAUGUUGGAUUACAAGAUUCAUGCUGAGAACAACUCACUUUACAACACUCCUCCUUGUUAUGGUAUUUACAUGUGUGGUUUAGUGUUUGAGGAUUUGUUGGAACAGGGUGGUUUGAAGGAAGUGGAGAAGAAGAAUCAGAAGAAAGCUGAGAUUCUUUACAAUGCUAUUGAUGAGAGCAAUGGGUUCUUCAGGUGUCCAGUGGAGAAGUCAGUGAGGUCAUUGAUGAAUGUGCCAUUCACACUUGAGAAGUCUGAGUUGGAAGGUGAGUUUGUUAAGGAGGCUGCUAAGGAGAAGAUGGUUCAACUCAAGGGGCAUAGAUCAGUGGGAGGUAUGCGUGCUUCUAUUUACAAUGCUAUGCCUUUGGCUGGGGUUGAAAAGUUGGUUGCUUUCAUGAAAGAUUUUCAAGCUAAGCAUGCUUGAAUUGAUUUGAAUUGAAUUGAAUCAUACCCCUUUUUCAGAUUCUACUAUUCUACUAGUACUAGAGUUUGCAGCAUUUGUUUCUUCUUGAUUUUGCUCUUUUUUCUUUGGAGUGGCCAUGGUUUUUGUUUGAGAGUAGUUAUAAUAAUCAAAAAAGUUUUUUAGUUCCCUAAUUAUGUUUAUUAAGGGAUGAAUGAAUCAAUCUCUAUGCACUACUGUGUUAGCUUAGCUCAUUAAGGGAAUCAUAUUCAAUUUCAAAUGUACUCUUUUUUAUAUUUGAAGGGAAUCAUAUUCAACUAUAAAGUACUACUAUUCAAAA